AUGGCCCCCAUUGUUUUUGUCGAAUACGCCGAUGCUGAGUGUUUCAAUGAGGGCGAUAACGUGACCUUCGUGAACUGGGGUAAUCUUCGCAUUGUCAAAGUCCUCCUCAACACGGAUGGAAGAAUCUACGCUGUAGAUGCGGAACUCAAUCUAGAAGAUACGGACUACAAGAAAACCCAGAAAGUAACGUGGCUGGCGGAUCCAGAUGCUCUUCAAAACGUGGGCGGUGAAAUUGCUCUUCUGACUCCCCUCACCUGUCUUACCUAUGGCAAUCUCAUUUCAAAACCCCUUAUUGGAAAAGAAGAAGAUUUUAAAAAUUUUAUUAACGACAAGUCUGUGUCCUCGGAAUCCUGCUUUGGUGAUCCACAAAUGCGCAAUCUGAAUAAAGGUGAUAUCAUUCAGUUGCAACGGAAGGGGUUCUACAUCUGUGAUCAACCCUACAGGUCCUCACAUCCAUCAACGUUGAAGGAAGCACCGUGUGUUCUUAUCUACAUCCCUGAUGGUGCAACAAAGGAGCGUCCAACUACAGGUUCAAAAUUUAAGGUUGGUGAAGCUGGUGACAGCAAGCUUCAGCAGCAGCAGCAGGGGAAGGGAGAUGCAUCUGCCAAAAAGGAUUCUCCUAAUUUAACUGCAGAAGAGGCUGCCAAACGAGCAGAAAAGGAACGGUUAAAAGAGGAGAAGAAAGCUGCGCGGAAGGCUGGUCGGGAAAAAGCAAAGCAAGAACAGCAAAUGAAACUCGCGGAAGCGCCAGUUGCAGUUUCCCCUCCCGCUACCGCUGCAGCACCGGUUUGUCCAGCACCCAAAGAGAAGUCACUAUCUGCUAAAAAAACGGAGGAAUCGGGUGGAGGAAAGAAACAGACACGUUUGGGCAUGGAAGUAAAGAAGGAGGACGACCCAGCCGAAUGGUACACACAAGUUAUCAAAAAGUCCGAAUUGUUGGAAUAUUACGAUAUCUCGGGCUGUUACAUUCUCCGACCUUGGAGUUACUUUAUUUGGAGCCAGAUUCAGUCUUACUUUGACAAGGCGAUUGGAGCUUUGGGUGUUGAUAAUGCCUACUUCCCCAUGUUUGUGUCAAAGGGAGCCCUCGAGCAGGAGAAAGAACACAUCGCGGACUUUGCUCCUGAAGUUGCAUGGGUGACACGUUCGGGCUCUUCGGAACUGGCGGAGCCGAUCGCACUGCGACCGACGAGCGAGACAAUCAUGUAUCCAGCCUUUGCGAAGUGGAUCAAGUCGCAUCGUGAUCUCCCUCUCAAGCUCAAUCAAUGGAGCAACAUUGUCCGUUGGGAAUUUAAGCAUCCAACUCCCUUCUUAAGGACUCGGGAGUUCCUCUGGCAAGAGGGUCAUACUGCUUUUGCCUCGAAGGCCGAGGCUGAAGCUGAGGUCUUGACGAUUUUGAACUUAUAUCGAAGCAUUUAUAACGAUCUUCUGGCUAUUCCCUGUAUCAGAGGCCGAAAGACCGAACGGGAGAAGUUUCCUGGCGGUGAGUACACCACCACCGUAGAGGUCUUCAUUGAGGCCUCUGGUCGCGCUAUUCAAGGUGCCACUUCACACCAUCUGGGGCAGAAUUUCAGCAAAAUCUUUGAGGUGAUGUUUGAAGAUCCAGAAACAAAUCAGCAGAGCUACGUCUACCAGAACUCCUGGGGUCUUACUACGCGCACCAUCGGUGUUAUGAUCAUGGUGCAUGCGGAUAAUCAAGGCCUUGUUCUCCCGCCGCGCGUAGCCAGGUACCAAGUGGUGGUUGUGCCCUGUGGUUUGACGGCGAAAACUACGGAGGCGGAGCGUGCAGAGCUGCUAGAGCAAGUUAAGAUCAUCACUGCGCGUCUACGCGAGGAAGGAGGAUUGAGGGUGCACUUGGAUGACAGGGACCAUGUCUCUCCUGGCUGGAAGUUUAAUCAUUGGGAGCUGAAAGGAGUACCCCUGCGUGUUGAGGUGGGAUUCAAGGACCUGUCGAAGGCUGAGGUUACCGCAGUGGUGCGAUACACUGGGGAAAAGACUACAAUUUCGCUGAACCGGUUGACUACUUCCGUGAAAGGUAUGUUGGAUGAAGUUCACGACCUUAUGUUAUCUCGCGCUACCAGCAUCCAGAACUCGCAUAUCCUGUCUGCGAAGAACAUGGAAGAAUUGACUAGUGCACUGGACAAGAAGUGCAUUGUCGUGGCACCCUUCUGUGGUGAUGAGCUCUGCGAAGAUGCGGUCCGCGUUGAGUCUUCAGAAAAUGUGGUUGUGACCCCAGGAGCUCCCUCAAUGGGGGCCAAGUCUCUGUGCGUUCCCUUUGCGGGAGAAUUAGGCGGUGUGAAGACAGGCCCGGUAAGCGAUGGUUCGCCCUGCCUCCGGCACCCACUCUGCACGAAACCCGCCACCUUUUACACCCUCUUUGGACGUAGCUACUAG